AUGGCAGCCACACUGAAGAUCUUCGCCUUCUUGUUUCUGUCCUGCCUUAGCAUUGGAGGAAAUGCUUAUGAGCCAUGCAAGCUCUCGGACGUAGUCGUCGCGCAGACUGUCAAGGCCCGCCACGAAGGCGGGUGCCUAGAGAUCGCUGUGACGGUGGAGAACAGGUGCAUCUGCACGCAGAGCAACGUGAAGCUGGCGUGCAAAGGGUUCAGCUCCUCCGUGCACGUCUACCCUGCUGGAAUCCUCCAAACCGACGGCAACGGGCUAUUCAGCCUCGGUGGUGGAAACUCCAUCGGCAACGCUGUCAAGUUCUCCUACUGGUCGACCGCACAGAUCAGCUUCGCGCCUGUGUCGUCCACCAUCGGCUGCUCGGCUGCUUAG